AUUUAAAGCAUCGCUUCAGGGGAAUCGUUUUGCGAUAGAGAUUCUGUUGUGCAUAUCAUGUGAGGAAGCCAUCCAGCUGGCUUACGGAAGGUCAGUGGUUCUAUGGCCGCCUGUGAUGCAAUAAUGCACGGAGGGGCACCUGUGGUCUUCCUCCACCAUCAAAUCUAGAAAGUUCCCAAAUAACCUAUAUUUGUGUCGGUGCGUCGUUUUACCCAACAAAUCUAUUGUGUAUGCAAGUUUCUACGGCAACGACCGAGAAACCAUUAAACCUCGAUGUAUUGGGCAUAUCGGAAAAAAACAGAACAUCCGUCUUACCCUGCUGUUCAAAUUUCAAAUGGCAUGUGUUUUAUUGGUAAACCAAGAGAGCAGCAGCAGAACAAAAAUUAUCAGCCGUUGAGAAAAAAAAGGUACGCUAAAUAUUACAUUCUUGGCGAGAUAUUGAAGAUUUUUUUCAUGGUUGCAAUUAAAUCUAUUAAUCUAUAUCGAAAUCUAGAUACCGAAAUAUCAUUUAGCAAUUUACGCAGUUUGAAUCUGCGUUUGCAAAUAUUAGAUGUUCUUUACAGUUACUAGAAAAAAGUUACGUUUCGCGUGAGAAAACUUUAAAUAUUUGCAAUGUGUGGGUAGAUACAUUUAUCAAAAACCUGUCAAAAUUCGGAUGCAGAAGUCAUGCAUUAAAUUAAACACUGACGAAGAUUUAAAAAACGAUAACAACAAAAAAAAACUCGUACAUCCUUAAUGUGUGCGUAAACGUUACGAUCAUUGCCUAAUAAGUAUGCAAUCUUUACAUUGUAGAGAAUAUAAAAUAAUAAAUAAUUCUCAUGGUUCGAAUAUGCGAUUUGUGUUAGGAUUAGGUAAGAGUGUAGAUGUAGUUACCCUAACAGACACAUUGUUAGGUCCAUUUUGCGAUAUACAAUAAUACACAAUAUGCCUGCGUGGGCAGUUGCACAAUAAAAUAUAUCAUAGAAUGACACAAUGUUUCAGUGACGCAAAGAUUUUGAAACGUAACUAAAUAUCUGCUGUUACUGUUGAUUUUAAAGUUGUUUUGUCCCGGAGUGUAUUGUAUAAAGCAAUUCAUUGAACUCUGACUUUUCAACAUAUUAAGUCUGGCAUAAUUCAUUUUGUUAUUUAUGGUUGUAUCGCAGUAACCUAAGGAAAAAACUGCGAAAUAGAUAUUAAACACAAGAUUAAAAUCUUAGAUAAAAUUAGUAAUGAAUACUAGUACGGUCCAAGUAUCGUACCAGUGCGAUCGAGCUAUUGAAGCACACACUUUCCAGGAUUAAGUUAUAUAGGACUCUAUACGAAAAAUGGUUAUAUUCCUCAAAGUAUCCGGGGCUGCUCCAGUUGCAAUUUUAGACACUGUCAUUAUCCCUGCCAGUAAGCAUGCGCGGUGUGAAAAACUGUGAAUUUAAAUGAUUAUCUUUGUAAUAUGUAGUACAAAUGUGACAAACAAAAUAUAUUAACGCUAGAAUAAAGCAAAAGAACGCAUUUCUUGCUGAACAUUUGUCAACACUUUUAAGGGGAGGCCCCAAAAUCCCAAUCCGCCGGGAGACAGAGACCCCCUACCCCACCUACCCCAUACUCGCAACAUUUCUGCUUGGUUCGUACAGUUAUGCUGCUCAUAUCUAGCGUACAGUUCAAAAUCAUCCAGGUACGCCCCUGACAGUUUGUUAUGCCGAUAUUACGACGAGGCACCAAGAAAGACUACAAAAAAUGCACGAAGGAAGCGCAGCAUCAGAGGGGGAGUCGUCGAGUACAAUAGGCAUCGCACUACCAAAUGUACCUCCAAAUGUCCCCGUCGAGUUUAAUAGAAGAAAUUUCGACAGAAAGCGAAGAUGAUUUGGAGGCGAUGAAGGCAGAAAUUGAACAAUUAGGCUACGAAGAAGCUAGGCUACUCAAACUUCGAGAAGAGGAAGAAUUGCGACACAAAUUGAGGAGAAACGGGCGAAGGUCAAUGCUCUAAAAGGCAAAAAAGAAUUUUCAGUAAAAUCAGCAUUCUGACAGAAAUAGCUUCUUCUUAAAUCAUGACAGAUGAUCUGAGAAAAUCAAAGACUGUUAAAGCUAUAGCAAAAAAAAAAAGAAUUCAAAAGUUUAGGUUUAUUGAUCAGGUCGGAUAUCCAGGCACUUCAGCGUAUUGCGUUGCGUAGCAACAAGCGGAGGUGAAAGCAAACGCCAAAUUGUAAUUGGAAAGCGUUUCUUGUUUCGCUAGUGCUGGUUUAUUUUCUUUGCUUAAAGUGACAAUUUAAGCAAUAUUAAUAAGUCAGUGAAUUUUUAAUGUUGCAUGAUAUUCCAGUUAUCACUUCCGAGAAAAAACCUUUUUUUAGGUUUCAGACGUGAUAUUCAACAUUGACUGUCGGUAUAAAUAGAUCCGUGUAUGCGGCAAGGUCGCUGCAAAAUAUUUUCACAUUGAAGAAAAUUACCUUUCGGUAAAUCAGAGUUCUUUUAAAAGUAGAUAAAAUAGCUCCUCUCUUUGGGAUUCCAUACGCAAAUAUAUUCACUUUUCUCGUCCUAUUUUGUAGCCUGCCAUUAAAAAUAGUUCUAAAAGCCAGGAAAGUUUAUACUGUGGUGUCAAAAUUGAUUCAAUCACAUCAAAUUUAAUUAAAUCAACACGAUUUAACGAUAGGUGUCAUAAAGUCAGUACAUUAUGCGUGAAAAUUGGAGAAGGGACUUUUUUUCUGUCUCGAAGCGUACCAGAAUCACAAUAGUAGAUCUUUAUCUGUAUUUAAAACAUCAAGGGAUUUUUUUUCUGUUACAGGACUAUUGUUUUAAAUGUAAUAUGACAUCUACCGUGUUACACGUUGAGAUAUAAAGAUAUAUAAUAACUGCAUGCAAGCUUCAUUUUACGAAGGGCCAGACCAGGAUGUAUUAAUAAAAUGAUGGCUUAAACUACUACAUCUGUUUACGAAAAUACUGACCAUUGCAAUUAUUUAGAACUGUGAACGAUAAUUUGCAGCUAUGUCUAGAAUCAUUUUAGUCAUAUCUAAUAUUUCUUAAUAUAUAGUUAAUAUCCAUACUUUUGGUAAAGUGUUAGGCUGUCAUAAUAGACUGGUUCCGCAUACCACAAAAAUAAAGCAUUCAUUCAAGUUGCCUAAAUCAUAAAACACUUGAAUCGGCAGUUGACAACAGAUUACAUUUUGAAGAAGUUCAGUUUUAUAAAUAACUGGUAAUUGUAGGUCAAAACACUUGUGAGUUGGUGAUGUCCAGUAUUAUAAAUGGUAAUAUAUAGAAUUUAUUUUAUGUUGGUGUUUUUGAUCUUAUUUGUUAUUGUAUUUCAGAAUCUCAGCUUGGAGAUUUGAGAAGGGAGCUUAUUCCAACAGGAGGGCUUAUGCAAAAGGUUCAAGAAAGAACCUUAGAUUACAUUGGAAGUUCUUUUUACUGUUCUGUCUUUAUUUCCAUUUAGACAGUUUACAAACAUCAACUGAAUCAAUGCAGUUGUACGCACAAUUUUUAAAUAGAACUUUAAAUUCUACUGAUUCUAUCAAGAAUUAUAUAAGUGGAGUUAGAAGCAUGCAUAUGUUAUUGGGUUUCAGUUUAGAACAUAUUAACACAUUUUUAAUAAACCUGUCUUUAAAAGGUAUAGCUAAACUACAUAAGCAUUUGGUUCACCGAGCCGAACCCAUCACUCCAGAAAUUUUACUGAAAAUCCAUGAUACUUUAGAUUUUUCAGUAUCGGACAGUUAUACCUUUUGGUGCUUAUUUCUUUUUGCAUUUUUCUCAUGUCAAGAAAUCAAAUUUAGUGCCUACUUCAAAAAAAGAUUUGUUAGAACCCAAAUUCUUGUAACGGAAAGAUGUAAGUGUUUCGGGAGUACAUCUGUUAGUUUCGAUGAAAUUGACAAAACCAUACAAGCAGGAGAAAGAAUUCUUCACACUCUUUUAACUAACAUAAAGGGUUUAAAGUUAUGUCCGGUCAGAGCUUUCAAACAUAUGGUUAAACAUACUCCGGCUCCAGGAAUUUCUGCGUUAUUUGUAUUAAAUUCAAGCAAACCAGUGACGUAUCAAAUAUAUCAAUCACAUCAGUUAUCAGAGAUAUAGGUUUAGAGUUCAACCUUUAUUCAACGCAUUCCUUCAGGAGAGGCUUUGCAACCCUUGCUUUCAGGAUAGAAAUUCCUACAGAUCUCAUUCAACUAAUGGGUGACUGGCACUCUGAUGUAUACAAAAAGUACAUUCAGUACUCCUUAAAGGAUAAGAAUAAAGUGUCUCGAUUUAUAGGUUCAAAUUUGUUAACAUAUACAGAAUCUCAAUAAAAGUAGUUGAUUUUUACUAUGGUCCAUAACUUCAAUUUCCUAUUCCUAACAGAUUAAGAUACAACAGGCAGUAUUGAGUACAAAACAAGUGCUCACAACUUCAAAACAUACUUUUUAUAAAGGUUUUCGAAAAUAAGAAAAAAGAAUGAAAAAUCCAUCUUUUUUUAGUCUUCUUCCUCAAUGCUCAUUUUUCGACAUUUUAUCCCCAAACCCUUCCCCUCCUGGUAAAAAAAACUGUGGACCUGGUGUUUAUUUUUGAAAAAUUUCCCGUAAAACAAACAAAAUUCUAGCCUUAUGUGUUUGAUCACAAUCCACUGAGCUGACAGACACUGAUACCAUUUAGCUUUACCUUUAAUCUAGCUAAAAAUUCUGCUCAAAGAUGUUUGUAUGCUGUUACAAAUCUCUGAGUUGAAACAAAUCCCGUAUUGAAACCUAACCAGAAAUCGUGCCAGAAGUCUGUCACGCUAUAAUUUCCUCAAAUGAAAUGCCGUGGACUCCCUUUUACUUUAAACUAUUCAACUAUUUAUUUGCCAAAAAAGCAUGCAAAACUAAAAUUUAUUUCCCAAGUAAAUUGAUUCUGCUUAUGAUUAAAUGGGAAGAAAAAUCAGUAGCUGUUUAAUGCAGGUCUUUAAGUCAAAGGAGUUCUUUAUCAUAGGUGUACUGUACGUUCCUACACAUUGAGAAAUUUAAUUACAUUAUGAAUUAUUAAAUAUUUAAGAGAUUCUUGCAAAUGCAAUAUCGUUUGUACUUUUCUAUAAGUGUUUAGGACUAUUUUUCAGGGUAUAUCAUUACAAACAUUGAAAUUUUGGUCUGUCACCUUUGAAUACUAUAAAUAAAAAUGUGUCUUUGAGGUAAGUCUUGUGCAUGUCUGUUAGAUUUUUUUAUUCUCACUCUGAAACAGGUAUUCCCACAUACAUUUUUGUAAAAAUCUAGGUGUUUCUUCUUUUAAGGGAGGACAUCAAUGUAAGGCAAAAUCAUACAGUGUUAAGUCUGCUCAGACACGAGAACGAGAACCAGACAAACCCAGCUCCAUCAUGGAAGAGGAUAUUGGAUCAGGAACACCCAAAACAACCAUAAUUGUUGGGGCGGGCGCAAGAGGGCAUGGAUACCCAUAUUAUGCAGUGGUCUUUCCUAAACAGCUCAAGGUUGUUGGUGUUUGUGAACCGAGAGAUCACCAUAGACAGCAUGAAGUAAAACAGCACAAUAUUCCACCAGAAAAUGUAUUUAAAGACUGGAAAGAGGCUGCUGAACGUGAGAAGUUUGCAGACAGUGUGAUCAUUUGUACACCAGACAGGUUGCACAAGGAUCCUGCCAUAGCAUUUGCAAAGAAAGGUUACCAUAUUCUACUAGAAAAGCCAAUGGCUGUAACAGAAGCAGAUUGUAAAGAAAUUGUUGCGACGGUGAAAGAAAAUAACGUAAUUCUGGCAGUAUGUCAUAUCAUGCGUUACAAGUCGUGGGUGAGAAAAGUGAAAGAAAUCAUAGACAGUGGCGUGAUUGGAGACGUUGUUAAUAUAAACUUUACAGAACCGGUGGGUUUUUGGCAUUUUGCACACUCCUACGUUCGAGGUAACUGGCACGUAGAAGCAGAUAGUUCUUUCUCGCUGCUGGCGAAGUGUUGCCAUGACGUGGACCUGAUCAGUUACUGGAUGAGGGGGAAACCAUGCCAACGUGUCUCCUCAUUUGGAAACCUCAGUCAUUUCCAUAACGGAGAUAAGCCAGAAGGAGCUGCAGACAGGUGCUUGGAUUGUCCAGCUAGUAUAGAAAACAAUUGUCCAUAUUCCGCAAAGAAAAUCUAUCUGGAUAGAGUAAAACGGGGACAUAGGGGUUGGCCUACGAGCGUUUUUUGUGAUAUAGUUGAUAUAGAAAACGUUACAGAUGCUCUCAGGAAAGGUCCGUACGGCAAAUGUGUUUAUGAUACAGACAAUGAUGUUAUGUCACACCAGGUAGUGAAUAUGCAGUUUGAGGGAGGAGCUACAACUACACUUCAAAUGGUUGCAUUUACAAAGAAACUUUGUGCAAGAGAAGUUAAGAUAUAUGGGACCAAGGGUGAAGUUACUGUAAAUGAUAGAGAGCAUCCUCUAAUCAAGGUGUUUAACUUUUUGACACACAGAACAGACAGUUUCGAUCCUGAAGAUGAAAUGGCACCACGUGCUCUGAUGGGACACGGAGGCGCUGAUUAUCAAGUAAUCAAAGCGUUUGUUACCGCCCUUCACAAUCAAGACUCCAAAGUUAUCGAGACAGGACCAGAUGACACACUUGCUAGUCAUAUAGUGUGCUUUGCUGCAGAAAGGGCCCGGAAAGAAAAUAGAGUGCUCAAUCGGAAUAGCCAUGGAGAGUUUGAAUGACUCCACUGCCUUGAUGAAAUAAAAAAAAACGAUUUAUUUUCAGAAAGUAUAGAUCUGUUUGAAACAUUUCUGUAGAUUAUCAAUGUGUGCCAGGGAUCUAUCUGUUCUAAGAGGAAUCUAAAACAAUCAAUGAAUGGUCCUAUGUGUUGACAUCAGCUCUACAUUUAGCCAAGUGACUAGAACAUCGGAAUUGUCUGCAAACAGUAUUUUCAGAGACAUGACCUUUUCCAAGAAACUUGAAGGUCUGUGUCCAUCACUGAACAGGAAAUGCAUGGAUAAGUAAAACAGUUUCUUGAAAAUAACACGUGUCUGAAAUUUGGUCGCGAAGGUGUUUGAAUUCUCAUUUGUUAGUUUAUAUAUAUCAUGUAUCAGUAUGAAUUGAGGACCAGAAUUGUCUAUAUUGUAGAAAAAGAGCAGUUUUCAGACUGCUGUUUUCUUGAUAUUUUAUACAUAUUUUGCAAAAUCGUUUUUCAGUUUAUGUACUUGUAAGACUGCCUUAAACAAACAUUGAAGAAAUAGAGAAAUCAGUGUUCAGAUUCUGUUUGAGUCUUUGGUGAAUGCAUGCCCAGUAUUUCAGACAAAGUAUAUUGUAAAGACAGAUGUACAAAAAUGUUCAGAAAUUCAGAGGUUACUUUGUACAGUGUACAUGGCUUAAGCAUUUGACUGGUUGUUUCCUAACAAUACCUUGCAAAUAAUGACCAAUGGUAAUGUACUCUCCCUAAUACGCAACUUUAAAUUCUUCAGACCAUACUUAACAAUUUAACUUUGAAAUUUCAUCAUCAUGUUUAUGUUACCAGAUGUAGUCCAUGGUUUGAGUCUUUUGUGAAAGAAUGACGAAUGUUUCAUACAAAGUAUACUGUAAGGACAUAUACAAAAGUGUUCAGAAAUUCAGAGCUUACUUUGUAUCUUGGGGACCAAUCGAUUACAGGUUUGUUAUCCGCUGGUGAGGGUUUUGCUUACUAUUAGCUUCAUCAUUGGAAUGUGGCUAUUUAUUUUUGGUAUUUGUCAUCGUUUUCAUACACCAAGUUUAUUCAGUUUCAUUUGCCAUAGGCUUAAAACAGAUUACUGUAAAAGUACCAAGUUGGGUCAAAAUUUUGCGAAUUUGAAAUUUUGCGUAUGUUCGGGAGGUUUCAUAUUCGCGAAAUUGUUAAAAUGGUUUCCUACUUUAAGUUGAAUUAUACUUAGUCUAAUGGUCAAUAUUUACGCGAGGAUUAUUUUUCACGAGAUGUAGGUCCUCGCAAUUAUAGCAAAUAUUAAACCCUCGCUAAAAUUAUUGCUUUUACAGUAACCCUGCCACUUAAGCCCAGUUUAUUUCCUGAUGAAUUGAUCGUUUUAAUCGAGGUUUAACGCUUUUGAUAUAUUUCCUCAAACGGUACUGUGUGGUUUCUUAGUUGUUAACUGUUUGUGAUAACAUUUGUAUAUUGUAAUAAACUAUUUUUGUAUGUUUUUUAAUGUUUCAUGGUUGAUUAAAAUGCAUUAUUAUAUAAAGUAUAAAUAAAACAUGAUUUUUAAUUGUAACGAAUGUUGUUUGAGUUAGCAGUAUACCAUAGGAUAUUUAACAGUUUUAAUUCUCCGACCAUUAGUGAAAUCGAGAGGAGAGAGGAACAAUAUAUUUUCCGACCGCCUAUCUAUCUAAUACUCCGCCCCAGUCUGUCUUGAGAUAUUUUAAUUAAAUUUGGUAUGCUGGUAAAGGAUCGUAAGGAGAUUUUGAAUGUCUGUGUAUGUUGUUAUGUCAGUACGAAUGUGGUUGAUAUGGCAGCCUGGUGUUAAUGAAAAUAUAAUAAAAAUACUAGUAGAUCAUUUGAUGUAAAAAAUAUGUGUUCAAAUCUUUGAGUUUCAUCAUGAAGCGUACAUAAUAUAGAUGGUUAUUUUUAGCUCACCUGAGCAAUGCUCAUGGUGAGCUAUUGUGAUCAAGCUGUGUCCGUCGUGCGUCAGUGCAUGCGUGCGUCUUCGUCCGUCGUCAACAAUUGUGCUUAAAAGACAUCUCCUCCAUAACCACUGGAUUUUGAUGAAACUUGACAUGGAUGGUCUUCUACCAAAGUUUUUCAAAUGGUUCCGUUUGGUUGCACAUAGGAGCCACCAGAGCUAAAAGUAGAAAAGUCUUCAAACGACAUCUCCUAAACCGAUGGUCCGAUUUUGAAAUAAUUUCACACAAAUAGUCCUUAUGUCACCCUCUACAAAGAAUGUUCAAAUUUUAUUGAUUCGUAAAAAAGCAUGGCCACCAAAGGGCGUGGUCACUUUUCCCUAUAUGCAUAUAUUGUGGAAACUUUAAAAAUCUUCUUGUGUGAAACUGCUAGCCUGAUUUUAGAAUAGUUUUACACAAAUAGUCUUUGUGUGACCCUCUACCAAGAUUGUUCAAAUUAUGUUGAUUCAUCAAAAAAACAUGACCGCCAGAGGGCGUGGUCACUUUUCCCUAUAUGUAUAUAGUGGAAACUUUAAAAAUCUUCUUGUGUGAAACUAAUGGCCCGAUUUAAAGGCCUAGAUUCACUACUAUAUAAGUGUCCCCCCCCCCAAAUCCAAUAUACAACUCCCAUCUUAUCUGCUGCUUAUCAGCGAUUAUGUAACCGUAACUGAUUAGAGGGCAAUUAGCACAGCAGGGACCCCAACUAGACCAUGAAGAUGUGUGCAGUGGAGUUGAAAGAAAUUAAUUUUUCUUCAGUGAAUGUGGAAUGAUAAUAAUAUUAAUUAUUAUUUUGAUAUUAUAUAGAUGAUAAUAAGUAUUACUUUAAUGUUAUAACAAUGAUGAUAAUAAUAAUAAAAAUAAUCAUAAUAAUAUUUAUAAUUAUUAUUGUUAUUAUUAUUAUUAUUAUUAUUAUUAUUAUAUUACAUAAAGGAUGAUUAAAGAUACAGUAAUAAUAUUGAAAAUAAUAAUGAUAAUAAAACACAAGUAUAGUGAAAACUUCAGGAGUUCUUUGUGCUGACAAACAAUAUUUUUCUAACUGGAAACUGGGUUUCUUGUAUUCAUGUAAUCAACAUUAUUUGAACUUAAAAUUAUUGUGUUCCAUCUAUACUGAAUUUUCAUUUUCAGUAUGUUGCCAAAAGUGACUUUUUUUCAUGCUAUGCUUUGUAACUUUGAAAUGCACAUACUGUUUUCAAUUUUUAGACAAAUGUUAUUUACAGUAUUCUGCAAGCUUUAGAUGAGUGACAGUCACAAUUUUCUGAAAUAUCACAAUUCUCCAGACAGACUUUGAAAAAAUAAAAACUUGCAUAUUUCUUUAAGUAAGUU